UGCACCAAGCAUGCAAUUAGUAGUUUGCUCCAAAAUCCAAACCCCCCUCCACUCUCUCUCUCUCUCAUAUAGAAAUCAGGGCCAGGAGCCAUUUCUCGGUCUAUCGACUUAGGAAUUCGAAUUCUUCCCCCUCUCCAUAUCUGUGAAUUUUGACAAUGGACAGCUUACCGACGACGUCGAGGCCUGAGAGACGAUGGAGAUCGAAGAAUCUUCAAACGAGCAAGUCCUCCGUCGUCAUGGCUUUCUUUUCUUGCCUUGCCUGGCUCUACGUCGCGGGCAGGUUGUGGCAAGAUUCAGAGAACAGAACGUUGCUGGCUGAUCUUCUUAGGAUGAACUCGGGCCAGAGACCAAAGGUUCUUUCCGUUGAAGAUAAGCUAAUGAUCCUUGGAUGCAAAGAUUUGGAGAAGAGGAUUGUGGAAGCUGAGAUGGACCUAACUUUGGCAAAGAGUCGAGGAUACCAGUCGAAGCAAAGUGGUUCAUCGUCAGGCCAGAAGCUUCUCGCUGUUAUAGGAGUUUAUACUGGAUUUGGUAGUCACUUGAAGCGCAAUGUGUUUCGAGGCUCUUGGAUGCCAAAAGUGGCAUUUGGCACGCAGAAUCAACAG